AUGAGUUCCAACCAGCUUGUUCUAUUCGACGGCGAUGACGAUCGUGUCAAAAUCUUUGAUGAUGUUGAACAAUUAAAAAAAAUUCCAUCCAGUUGUAAAUUUUAUAUUUUCUGUAGUGAACCAGAAACUCUUCAGGAUAGAAUACUACUCAAUUUGUCUGACAUACCUCGGGUACAAAUACGAUCCUCGUGCAACGGGCAAGGUCUUCUGCAUUUUCUGGUCGAUGAGAUUGAUAAUUAUCCAUUUAUCUUAAUUAUUUGUGGUCCAAAUCCAUCGUAUUCACAAGAAUUUCCCAAAAUAUGGAAACGGUACGGUCGUGGCAAAUUGUUUGUUAAAAAAGUAGUCAAACCAUCCGAUAUCAAUCUANAAGCCUUCCCAAAAAAACGUUGA